GAAGUGCUGGGCAGCGUUUCCUGGUUGAGCAUCGCGUUAAAUAUAAGGACUAGAUAUUUAUAGGCAAAAGCAGUCUGAGCGUCGCUGACGGAUGGAGCUUAACGAUUGGACUUGAACUUGAUGAUUUACAAUUGAGAGCGAAAGCAGAAGAACGAUUAUUUCCUGUAGAUUCUGAUUUCAUCACUUCAAUUGAUUAGACACUUAUAUAUCAUUCUGUUAAGUAGCCAGUCUCACUGGUCUAAUUACUCGGACACUUCUGGUUUAAUUGCUCGUUAACGUUACAGAUGCUAACUGUGAAAAUACGCUGAAAUACGGUAUAUCUGCAGGAUUCAAUAACCAACAUUGAGGAUAUAUUCAGUACUUAUCGCUCGAUAUGACAGCUUACCAGGGUUUUGAAAAUUCUACAGAUGUGACAUUAGAAAGUGACAAUGUCAGAGUUGCUACACAUGCUCCUAACAUCACUUCUGCAAUGCGCGAUGCUCUCAAAAAGCUUUAUAAGCAAGACGGAGGGGAGGCCUGCCUGGACGGUGUACUUUAUGGACGUUCUGCCACUGCCAGGAAAGCUGAAGGUAAUUGUACUGCAGACUUCGACAAGUUUCUUUGCUGGCCAAAAACAGAACCAGGGCUGACUGUUACACUUGACUGUCCGAAGCUAGGUCGAUAUACAUGUUCAGGUUAUAAUGCAGUUCGGACAUGCAGCCUAUCUGGAGAAUGGAGCAAGAGCAACUAUACGGAAUGUCUCGAAUGUUACGAUCAACAGAACUCCAAUUCAGAGAGCGACCCCCAGGAGAGAAUCAUACCAAUAAUGAGAGAUAUCUACUUCUAUGGUGGAAUCUACUCUCUCACGUGUUUAGUCAUAGCAUUUGUCAUCUUUAUGGUAUUCAGGAAUUUAUGGUGUCGAAGAAUAUUUAUCCAUGUCAACCUGAUAAUAUCAUUUAUACUGCGAUAUGUUACAAUAAUCGUGAUGUUUGAGCCGUUUGUGACUGGUCGGACAAGCUCAUAUCGGGAUGUGGAUUGGCUGUGUAAAACCGUGCUAGUUAUAUCACAGUAUAGCAUAAUGGCCAACAUUUUCUGGAUGUUCGUUGAGGGUUUGUAUCUACAUAACAGAGUGGCAGUGGCUGUGUUUAGCAAAGACCCCCAUUUUGCACUAUAUGGAUUCAUAGGAUGGGGUUUACCGCUUGUCUUCAUGAUUGCAUGGUCAAUCAGUACUCACUAUACACACCAUAUUCAGUGCUGGGGCGAAUUCUCACAGAAAAAUGAGUCCUGGAUAAUCUUAGUUCCCAUUAUACUGGCCCUUGUGCUUAAUUUGAUAUUUUUCAUCAACAUAAUUCGGGUUCUGGUAACGAAGCUUGCGACGAGUAAUAGUUCGGAACAUGUCCAAAUGAGAAAGGCAGCUAAAGGGAUAGCAAUACUCUUCCCCCUUCUUGGAAUCACAAACUUGUUGUUCAUCAUAAAGCCACGUCACAGUGGCCCAAUAGCAGAGUCGGCGUAUUAUAUCUCAAAUACCGUCCUGCAGAUCUCACAGGGAUUCUUCGUGUCACUUAUUUAUUGCUUCAUGAGCACUGAGGUCCAAUCUGCAAUUAAAAAGAGAUGGGGGCGGUACAAAAUCAGCAAAGCAGGAGGAACAAGGUAUAGAAGGCGCAGCAGUCGAACCUCAUCCAUCUUCAUCUCAGUCUCUCAAACAGAGAACCUCAAUUCCCAUGCUCACCAUCACAGAAUGACGUCACUGUAAUGGCGUCGCAUGAUAGAACGAUAUUUGAUUGAUAAUUGUAAUCAGUCUAAAACUUACUAUGAAAAAGGAAAACUACAGAGAUUUAUCCAUUUGACAUGUUUGAUAGAGACAAAAUACUGUCAUAAUGAUGUCAUGUGAAAAUCCAUGAUAUAUCAUUAGACAAUUGCUACCAAUCGCAAUGGAUAGAAACAUACGAUCGCUGGUGAACGUGUGGAUUGAAUGUGUAAUUCCUUGUUUUGCAUUCCAUAUUAUGUAUACCUUCCGGGGACUCUAACGAGGAAUGUAUGGGACCGGAGGCUAAAUGUGAAUCUAGCAUAUAUUGGCACAGGAUACAUUAACGUAAAGUAAUAGGACAUCAAAGGUUAAGAGUAGACGGCUUCAUCUGUACAGCUUGGUUAAAAAGAUGAAGACUAUUUAUCAAUGAUGAACAUUAUGAAAUAAAUACACUGUGGACAUAGAGAUAUUUCCAAUAUUGUACAUCCAUGUUAGAUUAGUAAUAUGUUACUUCAGAUAGAUGUCAUAAUUAAGCGUUGAUGUUCUCUACUUCUCCUAACCAAAGAUAGUUUCUUCUGACAUGCGUUUAAAAUAAUGUUAUAUAU